GGAGCCGAGCCUGGGAUCGCAUCUUCCGGAGGGAUCCGCGAGUUCGCGGAGGAACGCGGCCGCUGGGCGAAAAUAACCAGAUGCUUUAGCAGCGCCGGCGAGGCUGCGCUGCACCGCGGCGCUCCGGCCCCGCCAUGGGCACCGGGAUGUGCUCCAGGAGGCAGAAGGGGCUGCUGCAGACCGCCUUCUGCCUGCUCGCCCUGGCCUGCCUGGCCUCCGGAGUCUUCCUCUACAACCACUUGCAGCAGAAGGUGCGGAGCGCCGAGGCGCUGGCGCAGAAAUACAAACAGCAGCAGGAAGCGCUGUCAGCCCAGCUCCAAGUGGUGUACGAGCACCGGUCCAGGCUGGAGCGGUCCCUGCAGAAGGAGAGGGGGGAGCACAAGAAGACAAAGGAAGAUUUUUUAGUGUACAAGUUAGAAGCUCAGGAAGCGCUCAACAAGGAGAAGCAAGACUCCAUGAACAGAUACGGGGCCCUCAGCUCCCAGCACAAGAUCCUGAAGAACCAGCACGACGAUGUCAAGAAGCAGCUGCUGGACCUGCAGCUGCAGCACAACAGCCUCAAACUGGAGCACAGGAAGAGCCUGGAGAGCCACAGCCAGAAACUGGCCCAGCUGCAGCAGGAGAAGGACAGCGAGGUCACCAACCUGCAGGACACGGUGUUCAAACUCAGAGAAGAGAGCAAGCUCCUCAGGAAAGCCCACCAGGAGGUUCACUCCCAGCUCCUCAAUGCCCAGGCCCAGAUGGAAGAGUUCAGGCAGCUCAAGGAGGCUCUCCAGAAGAUGCCAGGCUUGAGAGGAGGAGGAGGAGGUGGGAAGGGGCAGCAGCCCCUGGUGCCAGCCAGCAGCCAGCUGCAGCCAGGGAGGCAGAAGGCUUUCCAGCCCAGCCAGGAGAACCGCUCAGCAGUGCCUGGCGCGCAGCAGCCGCCGGCACAGGGAUCCUCCAGCCACGCUGGCCCCGGGGAUGCCCAGCCACAGGUGCCCUUCAUCCAGCCAGCCCUGGCACAGGAUGGCAACUCGCUGCCAGAGGCCGUGCCAGCCUGGCCAGCGCGGCGCGGCGCCGGCCACGCCGUCAGGUUCACCCGCACCAUGAACAGCCUGGCCAGCCCCGACCUGAAGAUGCUGAUGCGCAUCCAGGUGAGGAGCCACGAGGAAAGCCAAGCUCCUGGGCUGUCCCUGGCUGAGCCAGGACAACCCUCCCGAGCAGAAAACGCUCCAGCGCCAGGCGGCCAGCGCUCAGCAGCGAGCAGACAGGUGCCAGUGCAAAGCUGGAAGGACCUCGCUGGCAAGGAGAGCGCCCGGCUGGCCGAGGAAGGAGCGCGUGGCUACCCCAGGGAGCCCCAGGUUGCCCCCGAGGCCGGGCAGAGGGGCAGCCCCCGGCCCCCCAGCCCCAGGAGAGGGGCAGAGCAGGACAGGGCGGACGAGGAGGAGCUGGAAAUGGAUGCAGGAGUCAUCGACAGGGAGUUGCACUCACAGAAGGAGCCCGUGGUCCAGGAGCCCAUGAUGCCAGAUGAUGCUGCAGAUCCUGCCCAGGACCCCAAUAACCAAGGUGAGGAUGAGUUUGAGGAGGCUGAGCUGGAGAGACCCGACUUUGAGGAGAAGGUGGGAGGCUCGGAGAAGUUGAAGGAGCCCAGAGUUAAAGAAGAGUCGAAGGAGAAGCCACCAAAGGAUGCUGGCAGACCUGCCAAGCCCAGGGAAGAGCCUCUGGAGGACUACCAAGAAGAUCAGGAGCAGGAAAUUGAGGAUCAUGGAGGGGAGGUGGAUGACAACGAUGACCUGGAGCUUGUCCAAGAGCAGAAGGACCGUGUGGGAAGGCAGGGAGCUGGUGGCAAGAAGGAUGACUACUUCUGAGAGCUGCUGGAAAAAACGGGAUACUCCAGGAAUGAGGGGAUGGGAACUCCUCCUGGGAACUGCCUCCUGAGUUAAACACUGCCCAGAGCAAAGGCAGGAGGAGGGAACUCUCUGCAGGCCCUUGCAGGGGCUUUGCAGAUGAAAAUCCCAUCUCGAUGUGGGGCCACUGCUGCCUCUCAGAGAUCUCUGAGACUGGGAGUGAUCUUAUCCUGCUGCUUUUCUUAGAAGCACUUUUUGAUUUACUGUGUUCUUCGCCCUCUUGUUUUUCACAUCCCCUUUCGAAGCUGCAGAGGGCUUUUUUGGUUGGUUUUGGGGGGUGUUUUUUACCCCCCCUGGGCAGCAGAGGGGUGCCUGAGCUGGUCCCUGGACUCACUCGACUGAUCUCUAAUACAAAGGAAUCUGUCUUCAUAAAUGAUUUUGCUCGGUGCUGUUUCUUUAACACAUCCUUGGAGUAGGGUGGGGAGGGAACCAGAGGAAAUUUCCUGUUCUCUGCCUGGAGCUGUGCAAGAGCACCAACCACGGCCAGCAGAGUGUGUGGAUGUGAACACCUGCACCCCCUUCCUGCUGCAGAGACCCUCCAGGGACUUGGAGCAGAUCCUUGCAGAGCUCUCCUUGACAGUCCUGCCGGCCUCAGAGUGUCCCCAUGGAAUGCUGUGCAUCUUCCCUGCUGGAGGUGAGGGCUGGCCUGAGCUGAGAGAGGCUCUUCCCCAUGGGGACAGGGACAGCCACACCAAGAAAGGGGAAAAAAAAGGAAUAUUUGCAGCCCAACGAAUGCAGUUCCAACCUGUUUGGAUUAUUUCCAGUCUCCCAACACUUGACGAGGGAGCUAAGGUCAAUUUUGCUUCUUCUAGACAGGUUUUGAUCAGGAAGCUGGGAAUUGUUGAUGCAAUAGAUUGAAUCCUGUGGGACUUUACUUGGCCUCCAAAAGACAUCUUACCUGACCUCAGGGGCAAAGAAGGAGCAGUCAGCUGGAACCCUUGGAAUUUAAAAUGAAAGGAGAAUGGGUUUAAUCAGGGUAUCUCAAAGCCCAGAACCUGUUUUAAGUGAUAAGAACAGGGCAGAGCUGUCCCACUCCCUGUCCCGUGCCAGACCCCUGUGCCUGAGCUGCCUGCUGCUUCCUCAUCACCAGACUCUGGGACCUCACCAUCAAACACAGCCUGUGCCUGAAUGUCAUCACCUGGGAAAAAAUCAGAGCAUCUUUGUUCUCUAUUUGAAUUAGUUGAGCUCUUUUUAAUCCCUUGUUUGUGGCAUAUUUUGCAAGCACUUUUAGACACUGGGAAAAACAAUAUUUAUUUCCCAACAAGCUCAGCCUUUUUUUAUUCUGACAGCAUUGAUUAUUUUUUUUUUCUUCCACUGGUUGUAAUGGAGCUUGAAAUUUACAUUUCAUAGGACUUUUUGCUUCUUUGUUUUGAUUCUGCUUGUGUUUCUUACCAGUACAACCCCAGCUGUGCAAGUCCAACUCUGGCACAGAGCGGAGCAGAAUAAGGAAAGGGACAAUUUUAGGAAAUUAUCUUUUAGCCAAGUGCCAGAGCUGCUCAUGGAACCCAGUAAGGAGCUCACCACAAAACCCUAGUGGGGUUUAAGAUCCCCCAAAUGCCCUGAGAUGUUUAAAGCUGCACUGGUGCUUUGCCAGCCCUGCUGUGAUGCAGCUCCUCUGUGAAUAGCACGCUCACAGCAGACCAGCUGAGGCUGCAGUUGCUGCUUCAGAGCAUCCUGAUCAGAAGUGCCUCCCUUUCCCAGGUGAGAGCAGCACCCCUGAGCCCCCAGGCACGGCCCCAGUGCCAGAGCUCCGUGCCCAAGCUGCCCCAGCCCAGCUCUCCCCGCUCUCCCUCAGCCUGGCACUGCCAGGUUCAGCCCUGACUGGAAGUGAAUCAAGCACUGGAAAUAGAAGCCCAGUGGGGGUGAGGCUGCUCAAGGAUUCAGGCUGCUGGAUAAUCUAAAUUUGGAGGCAGAUUCUCUGUGUUUGCAUGCCUGGGGUGAGUAAUCCUCAAAGUUAUGACUUGGAGGGAAAUGGAGCAACUCAACUGAAUGCAAAGCUCCCAGCUUGGAGGAUGCUUUAGGAACCAUAUGUCAUGUGCUGCCCUCAGCUGAGAGCAAACAUCUCUGCCCUGGGGACUGUCUGCCUUGGCCAUAUCUGAGACUAAAAUUAGCAGAGUGUUGCAUAAAUUGUGAGCUGGAAGGUUGUCAGUGCUUCAUUGCCUGGCCCACAGCAAGUUUUGAUGCUCCUUCACCGUUUCCUUGAGAAGAGACAAUAAACCCAGCGGAGGAGAAGCAGAAAAGCCAAACCCCUGCGGUGCUGGCUCUGGCUGGAGGCCUGUAAAGCAAUCUGGGACGCUGCUGGGGGCUCACAGCUUAGAGCAGAUCACAGGGACUGGCCUGAGCAGCAGAAUGCUGAAGCGAUGCCAUGAAAAAUGGGUUUUACUGCACAGAACAAGGUCUCAGGAAACAGAUGGAGAGCAAACACUGAGACAAAGGAUUCGCAGGGAGGCAGCUCGGGCUGGCUGACCAAGCCAAAGCAUGUGGGUCUGCUUGGCUCUGGCAUAAAUAUUUGGGGUUUUGCUCAGACACAGGGUAUUGUAAACGCAGGUGAACCUGGGGGG